GUUCUGCGAUAGAAAGGGGAGAAACACUGAAGACAGCCGGUUCGUAGCUGACGAUGGCGAGGAGAGCAGGGACAACCCUCUGUAUGAUGUAAGUUUAACCACCCUGGCGCAAGCCAGUGACAGCCGGGAACAGACCGACUGGCAACCCAGAAUAGAUGGGAGACGACAGGAGAGACUGUGGACACCCAGGAAAGACUGGGACCCGAGGCAAACGGGCCCGCGGCCCAAUCUUGCAGCCUACUUGGAGUCCAAGUUGAAGGCACUCGAACCAUUGCAACUUCACAAGCUACGGAAAAAUACCCCCAGGAGCUUCCGAGAGGGGGGGGGGCGGAAGAUAGCUCCGUUGGGACGGAUGUAAAAAAGCUGAACCGGUCUGAGCAGGGACAAACGACUUCAGGAAGACGGUGCUUGGUAUGUGGUAAAACCUGCAAAAACGACAGAGGUCUGAAAAUUCAUCAAACAAAGAUGGGGUGUCGGAAAAAAGCGAGUAACCUCGAACAGCGCACGAGUCCGCAAGGACACGGUGAGACGGAGGAAGCCCAGAGCCGGGAUGAAAACCACAGUUCUCAGGGCAUCCUAGUGAGAGGUCGGCGCCCUGACAGCACCCAGAGGAUCAGCCCAGAGGAGGAGGCACUGUUAAACCAGAGUAGAGGAGGGGCUACGGCGGAUGAGGCAGGCCAGAACCAGGAAGAAGCUAGGGCAGAAGAAACAGGCCAGAAUCAGGAAGAAGCUAGGGCAGAAGAAACAGGCCAGAAUCAGGAAGAAGCUAGGGCAGAAGAAACAGGCCAGAAUCAGGAAGAAGCUAGGGCAGACGAGGCCGAUGAACCGAGAAAAGCGCGGGUGAAGUGGCCCCCCAGUAACGCAGAAAGACAGUGGGAGCAGCUAGAUGAUGAUCCGGAAGGAAUACUAGAAGGCACGCUCGCAGGGGGAGUAGAGAGGAAGUUAGAGGCAUUUGUGAAGAUUGUCACUGUGUAUAACGUUGGGCUGGAGAGGUUUGGAGAAAUGGAAAUAGGGAAAGGAAGACCCCAGUGCAAGCAACCAAACCGUAGAGAGAGAGAGAAACAGAAGAUAAGGAAAGACCUGAAGGCUCUAAGGAAGAGAUGGAGGAAGGCCAGCCUAGAAGAGAGAGAUGCCUUAAGUGCUCUACAGGAAGAGCUUCGCGCUAGACUUCGCAGCCUUAGCAAAGCAGAAAGAACGAGGAAGAAGCGCCGUCAAAAGGAGAAGAAACGUGCAGAGUUUGUGUCAAACCCAUUCAGGUUCACGAAGAAGUUGCUAGGUGCCAAGACAAGUGGCAGGCUAACAUGUAGUAGGGAAGAUGUGGAAAGCUACCUGCAGAAGACUCACGGGGAUAGCGAGCGAGAAACUCCGCUACAAGAGAGACCCCCGGAAGAGUUCCCAGACCCAAGGCAACCAAUCAGGGAACUAGACUGCAGUGAACUCAAGCUAGCUGAAGUGAAGGAAGUGAUUAGAAAAGCAAGGGCUGGAUCAGCACCAGGCCCUAGUGGAAUACCGUACAGGGUGUACAAAAAGUGCCCGAAACUGACAAGAAGGCUCUGGAGCUUAUUGAAAGUAGUAUGGAGGAAGAAGAAGGUACCACAAGAAUGGAAGAAAGCAGAAGGGGUAUUUUGCCCUAAACAGGAGAAAGCAGUGAACAUAGAGCAGUUCAGAACAAUAUCUCUCCUUUCAGUGGAGGCCAAGAUAUUCUUCGCGAUUGUAGCCAAAAGGCUCUUGGAGUAUAUGAUGAGCAACGACUACAUAGACACCUCCAUUCAAAAGGGUGGCGUGCCAGGUUGUUCGGGAUGUCUAGAACACACAAGCAUCUUAUCCCAGCUUAUACAAGAAGCCAAGUCUGGAAAGAAAGACCUAGCAGUAGUCUGGUUAGACCUGGAGAACGCCUACGGCUCCGUCCCGCACAAGUUGAUAAAAGUAGCCCUAGAGAAGUACUAUGUCCCGGCACCAGUACGACACCUGAUUGAACAGUACAUGAACGGGUUAAAGAUCAGGUUCACUGUAAAUGGUCACACAACCGCAUGGCAAAGCCUACAAAAAGGCAUCAUAACCGGAUGCACCAUAUCUGUGAUCCUGUUCGUUUCAGCUAUGAAUCUGGUAAUGAAACCAGCUCUGACUCAAGCUAGGGGGCCGAAGACUGAGUCUGGAAUAAGGCAACCUCCACUUAAAGCCUUCAUGGACGACAUAACAGUGACUACAGAAAGCGUGAUUAGCGCGAGACACAUGCUCAAGAGUCUUAGCAAGGCAGCCAGCUGGGCUAGAAUGAGAUUCAAAGCCAAGAAGUGUAGAAAGUUGGUGUUGAGGAAAGGAAAGGUGUGCGACAGGGUGCAGCUUGAAGUGCAAGGGGAGAGAGUCCCAAAUAUUGCAGACCAGCCAAUUAAGAGCCUAGGCAAGAAGUUUGAUGCAACGCUAGGCGACAAGAACAACGUCAAGGAUUUUAAACCGCUCGUGCGAGAAGGGCUGAAAGCUAUAGAAAAUAGUGAUCUACCAGGAAGAUAUAAAGUCUGGUGCUACCAGUAUGGUUUGCUCCCAAGAACUGUAUGGCCAAUGUCUAUGUACAAUAUCCCCCUUACAGUGGUGGAGGAAGUAGAGAGAGCGGUGAGCAGGCACCUGAGGAAGUGGUUAGGGGUACCGCCAGGCCUGACAAGUGUAGGCCUUUACAGCAAGUCAGCAAAACUGCAGCUGCCAUUAUCAUCGAUGGAGGAGGAGUUUAAGGUGACAAAGGCGAGAGCUCAGGUGAUGCUCCAGCAGAGUAGAGAUGAGAAAGUCAGCCAAGCGGGCAUAGAGUUAAGAUCAGGGAGGAAGUGGACAGCAACAGAAGCAGUUUCCAACGCAGCAAGUAGGCUGAGGCACAAAGAUAUCGUCGGAAUCAUAGCCCAGGGAAGGAGAGGGCUAGGAGCAGAGAGAGAAGGUAGUCAGACCUGGGGCAAAGCAGGCCCAAAGGAAAGGAGAGAGAUGAUCCAGAAAGAAGUUAGACAGCGGGAGGAAGAACUUCGGAGAGCUCGAGCCGUAGGACAGGGUGUCCAAGGGGCAUGGACAAAGUGGGAAGGAGUACGAGAACGAAGGAUAGCAUGGAAGGAAUUGUUCAGAGAGCCCCUAAAGACCACAUUUUUAUUAAAAUCUGUUUAUGACCUCCUACCAACAGCUGUCAACUUGAAGAGAUGGGGGAAGAGAGACGAAGACAGAUGUGUGCUCUGCGGAAAGAAAGGAAAUUUAAGUCACAUCUUGUCAAGCUGCCAGGUGGCGUUGAGCCGAGGGAGAUACACAUGGCGCCACAACCAAGUGUUAAAAGUCAUUGUCAACGCGUUGGAAGAAGUGAGAGCAGAGAACAAGGGUAGACCAGGGAAAAGAAUCCAGCCCAUCAGCUUUGUAAAAGAGGGGGAGAAAGUGAAGAACAUAGAGAAGAGGCAUAGAGACCAACCAGGCAUAAUGACAACAGCAAAUGAUUGGGUCAUACAAGCGGAUAUCGGGAAACAGCUUGAACUCCCAAAAGACAUCAUUACCACAAACCUGAGACCCGAUAUAAUUAUGUAUUCCAGGAGGACUAAACAACUGGUGUUGAUAGAACUCACCGUACCCUGGGAAGAUAGGGUAGAAGAAGCCCAAGAGAGGAAACUUCAAAAGUACCAGGAGUUAGUAACCAACUGCAGGGAAAGGGGGUGGAAAACAAGGAACUGCCCAGUGGAAGUCGGCUGCAGGGGGUUCAUAGCUGAGUCUAUGUGAAGAACCCUCGGGUUCCUCGGAGUGGUGGGAAAGAAGAGAAGGGACUUAACGCGGAAAAUAACGGAGACAACACAAGAGGCGUCCUACUGGGUGUGGAAGCAGAGAGAAAGCAACUAGCUCCUCGCCAGGCAGUGAUUGGCCACCACUGCCGCCCCGCCGGCAAAGAGGUGUUCUGCGAUAGAAAGGGGCGAAACACUGAAGACAGCCGGUUCGUAGCUGACGAUGGCGAGGAGAGCAGGGACAACCCUCUGUAUGAUGU